ACUAACCUACCUUGAUCUGUCAAACAAUCCUCUGAAAGGUGGGUUGCCUCAUUCACUUACAAACCUCACCCAAUUAGAGUGGUUUGACAUUUCUUCUAAUCAAAUCACUGGACCCAUCCCUUCAUCUUUUUGGCUUUUAACCAAUCUCAUCCAUCUGGCAAUGCAUGAAAAUCAAAUCGAUGGUUCUAUCUCCCAAAAAUUGGGAAAUCUAAAGAAUCUUGUUCAUUUGGAUCUCAGUAACAACUUUUUUGUUGGACCCAUCCCUUCAUCUCUUUGGCUUUUAACCAACCUUGCCCAUCUGGAUAUAAGUGGAAAUCAAAUCAAUGGUUCUAUCUCCCAAAAAUUGGGAAAUCUGGAGAAUCUUGUUCAUUUAGAUCUCAGUAACAACAACUUUGUUGGACCCAUCCCUUCAUCUCUUUCGCUUUUAACCAAUCUUGCCCAUCUGGAUAUAAGUGGAAAUCAAAUCAAUGGUUCUAUCUCCCAAAAAUUAGGAAAUCUGGAGAAUCUUGUUCAUUUGAAUCUGGGUCACAACAACUUUGUUGGACCCAUCCCUUCAUCUCUUUCGCUUUUAACCAAUCUCACUCAUUUGGAUAUAAGUGGAAAUCAAAUCAAUGGUUCUAUCUCCCCAAAAUUGGGAAAUCUGAAGAAUCUUGUUCAUUUGGAUCUAGGUCACAACAACUUUGUUGGAUCUAUUCCUUCAUCUCUUUGGCUUUUAACCAAUCUUGCCCAUCUGGAUAUAAGUGGAAUUCAAAUCAAUGGUUCUAUCUCCCAAAAAUUGGGAAAUCUGGAGAAUCUUGUUCAUUUGAACCUGAGUCGCAACAACUUUGUUGGACCCAUCCCUUCAUCUCUUUCGCUUUUAACCAAUCUCACUCAUUUGGAUAUAAGUGGAAAUCAAAUCAAUGGUUCUAUCUCCCCAAAAUUGAGAAAUCUGAAGAAUCUUAUUCAUUUGGAUUUGGGUCGCAACAACUUUCUUGGACCCCUCCCUUCAUCUCUUUGGUUUUUAACCAAUCUCACAUAUCUGGAUAUACGUGAAAAUCAAAUCAAUGGUUCCAUCUCAGUAGAAAUAGGAUAUUUGCAGAACCUGGCCUAUCUGUAUCUGGAUGCUAACAAUCUCACCGAAUUGUUUUUGAGCCACAACUACUUAAAUGGAAGCAUUCCCCCUGGUAUGAGAUACCUGAACGUCCUAAAUUCUAUUGAUUUUAGUCAUAACUUUAUCAGUGGAGAAAUACCUUUUGAACGUGAGGAUAUAUAUUUAAGGUUCUUGGAUCUCAGCUACAAUAAUCUUACUGGCCCCAUUCCCUUUAUUUUCAAUUAUGUAGAAAAGCUCAACCUGUCUUACAAUUCUUUGAAGGGUCAAAUUCCAUACGGCUAUGGUUUGUAUCAUACAUUCGACACAUUAAUUGGCAACAAGGAUUUAUAUCAUGAGACGAAGGAUUUCCCUCCUCUCCUUCCUUCCUCCCCAUCUAGGAACAGAUCAAAUGUAACAAAAAUAAGACUUCUUGUUCCCAUCAUAAUUUUUCUUGGAUUGUUAGUUCUUGGAGGUCUUAUCUUUCGGCAAUGCAAGGUCAAGAACACCCAAUUUGAAUCGAGAGAAACAAAGAAUGGGAAUUUGUUCUCGAUAUGGAAUUAUGAUGGACAUAUUGCAUACGAAGACAUCAUUGAAACAACCGAGGACUUCGACAUAAAAUAUUGUAUUGGAACCGGUGGUUAUGGUAGUGUUUACAAAGCAGAAUUACCUUGUGGCAAAGUGGUUGCCUUGAAGAAACUUCAUCGUUUGGAGGCUGAGAACCCAACUUUUGAUAUGAGUUUCAGGAACGAAGUAAAAGUGUUAACCGAGAUCCGCCAUCGAAAUAUUAUAAAACUUCAUGGAUUCUGCUUACAUAAGCGAUGCAUGUUUUUGGUUUAUGAGUACAUGGAAAGGGGAAGCCUAUUUUGUGUCCUAAACAAUGAUGUUGAAGCUAUGGAAUUGGAUUGGAGGAAGAGGGUGAACAUAAUCAAAGACACCGCUCACGCCUUAUCUUACAUGCAUCAUGAAUGCAUUCCAGCAAUUGUUCAUCGAGAUAUAACAAGCAACAAUAUUUUAUUGAACUCUAAAUUAGAGGCUUUUGUCUCUGACUUUGGCACAGCUAAGCUCAUUGAUCAUAAUUCCUCUAAUCAAACGUUAGUUGCUGGCACUUACGGUUACAUUGCCCCAGAGUUGGCUUAUACCAUGAAAGUUACUGAAAAAUGUGAUGUUUAUAGCUUUGGAGUGGUGGCACUGGAAAUAUUAAUGGGAAGACAUCCAACAGAACUCCUGACUUCAUUAUCAUCAUUGUCUUCUCAAAACGUGAUGUUACAUGAAAUAUUAGACCAACGUCUGCCACCUCCAAAUCACCUGGUUGCACAUGAUAUUUUCAUUGUCGCUACGAUAGCAUUUGCAUGCCUACACACCAAACCAAAGUCUCGGCCUGAAAUGAAAUUCGUGUCUCAAGAAUUUCUUUCUCAGAAGAAGCCAAUAGCUAAGCCUUUACAUGCAUUUUCACUAUGGCAGCUAAGGAACCAGGAACUAUAUAUGGUUGGAUCAGGGGAUGAAACUCAAUUAUGAAGUGCUUCUUAUUAGGUUGAUUGUCAUAUUGUUUGAUGAACUUGUAUGGAUCAAAAAUGUUGCAAGUGAAUUA